AUGCCUCUUCUCUCUCUUCUUAGAUAUGGUGGUGCCGUCUUAGCAUGCUCAUUUGCUGGGAGAAUAUGCCUUCAGAAUCGCCAUGUGCUGGCUGUUGACCAUUUCGAGUUUAACUCAGGCAAGAAAUUAACUACAAAAACCGAAACUUUACGACAAAAAGCAUCACCAAUCUCAGCUCCGUCAUCAACAACCCAUCUGAAGAUCCUUUCUCUUUCACUAAGAAAUGGUGUUGAAGAGAGUUGUGGGGUUGAUGAUGGGGUGUUUAGGAAUGAGUUGUUUGCGAAUAUCAGAUCAACCAACAAGACCAGUAGAAUCAAACUCAGUGAUGGAAGAUACUUAGCUUACAAAGAACGAGGAGUCCCGAAGAAUGAAUCGACUUACAGAGUCGUUAUUGUUCAUGGAUUCGCUAGCAACAAAGAGAUGAACUUCAUGGCUACCCAAAAACUAAUGGGUGAAUUGGGGAUUUAUCUUGUACAAUUCGAUAGAGCUGGAUAUGGAGAUAGCGACCCAAAUCCAAAGCGUUCGUUAAAGAGUGAAUCAUCAGAUAUUCAAGAACUUGCAGACCAAUUACAGCUUGGAUCUAAAUUCUAUCUCAUUGGUGUCUCGAUUGGAUCAUAUCCCACAUGGAGUUGCAUCAAGAACAUUCCAGAAAGGUUAGCCGGAGUUGUUAUGGUGGUUCCGUUUGUUAAUUACAGAUGGCCGUCGCUUCCUCGUGAUCUGAUACAAGAUGAUUACCGGAAAAAGCUUUCACAGUGGGCGGUUUGGGUGGCGCGUCACACGCCGGGGUUGUUACACUGGUGGUUGACUCAGAAAAUGUUCCCGUCUUCUUCUGUUCUUGAUCGGAACCCUAAAUUUUUCAGCAAUAAAGAUUUGGAAGUUCUUAAAAACACUCCUGGGUAUCAAUUGCUCUGUAAGAGCAAACUGAAGGAAGAACCGAUAUUUGAUAGUCUUCGAAAGGAUUUCAUUGUGGCAUUUGGGAAAUGGGAUUUUGAUCCGUUGAAUAUGAUCAAUCCAUUUGGUGAAAAUCAAUGUCGUCUUCAUAUAUGGCAAGGUAUGAAGAUAAAGUUGUGCCUGUUGAACUACAAAGGUAUGUUUGGAAAAGGUUGCCAUGGAUCAAGUAUCAUGAAGUUCAUGAUGGUGGCCAUUUGCUUGUGUAUGAUAGUGAUGUAUGUGAAGCUAUGUUGAGGUCUCUUUUGAUUGGUGAAGAUACUCCAUUGUAUAAACCUAAAUUAGAUUCAACUAAUGAUUCUUGAAGUAGAUUAGAUGAUUGUUUAAGAAAUGUAUCAUAUGUUUGAUUUGAUUUUGUUUGUUUGAUGUAAUUCUUGCGUUCUUCCUGGUAUAACUUAGAUUCAAAAAGUGGCAUUGAACAAUUGUCUAGGGAUUGAUAUUGUAAAUAUGAAAAAGAAUCUUGAACAUGACCCAUAUAGAUACGAAC